UAGCUAUAUUUCGGCUCUUCGAGACACUUUCCAACACUGGCGGCAUGGUGGCCAACGGGGAGCAACAAAAACAGGAUUUAAAUGUGGAAGAGGAGCUGCUGCAGGACUCUGACUGUUGUGGCAAUGGCUGCACUAACUGCAUCCUGGACCACAAGCCCCGGCCAAGUAAGCGCGUCCUGCUGGCUGGCAAACGCAACGUGAUCCUGAGCUACACCAAAUUCCGAUUGUUGCGGCGGGAAACCCUUGAAUCUGAAGCGGAAUCGAAAACUGGUGGUCAGGUGCUGCUCCUGCACUUUGGCCACGCCCCCGAGGAGCCAGGGGCGGGGACGGAGGACGACACGGUGCUGGACAUUCCACCCGGACACCAUGUGAUGCUGCGCAUUGGUUCCCUGCUGCGUCCCUAUUCGCCCUAUUGGAGCGACUUCCAGGCCAAAGAGUUCCGGAUUCUGGUGAAGCUGCAGGCGGGCGGGCCCAUGUCCCGGCUCCUGGCCGCAGUCCAGCCCAACGAUCUGCUGGAGUUCCGCGGACCCAUUGGGCAGUACGCACACGAUGCCAGCACCGCCAAGUGCAUCUACAUCCUGGCCCAGGGCGUGGCCAUUGCACCCACUCUGCCGCUAGUGCGCCAGGUGCUCGAGAACGAGGAGGACAUGAGUCGUGUGUGGCACCUGGUGUGCGCCCGUGACCUGCGGCACGUCUACUUCCGCGAGGAGCUGCUGGAGUUUGCCCAGUACUGGAACUACCGGAGCUGCCUCUACCUGCCGCAUCAGCAGUGCGCCUCCGCCGCUUGCCAGGAGGCGGGGCACUGCGUCCCCGAGUGCCUCCACCUACGCCGGAGUCUCCGCUACAAGGAGACCGCGAAGGUGGCCCGCUUGGAUGCCUGCGGGCUGGCCACCCACCUCAAUGCCUCCAUUCCCGGACAGCGCCUACUCAUCGUCGCAGGCGAUUCAACCUUCCAGAAGACCAUGGCCCAAAUGGCCACUCAAUCUUUGGCCCUAGAUCCUGCCAACGUCUAUUUGUUGUAAACACCAAAGGAAAUUAAAGGUGACUUGCACUUCACAUUUCAUAACUUGACCUUUUGAAACCGAAGCCACGAAAAUGAAAAUCAAAAAUUUCAAAGCAGAAUUAAAGAAUUUUAAACCAGAAACAUACAAAAAAGUAUAAAGUUUGUAGUUGUACUUCUCAUAAAUUUGAUAUUGUUAUUUUAAGUCAAAACUCGGCUUAAAAUUUAAGAAAAAUUAUGAAACCUAGUGAAUCAGCUUAGGUACAGAGGUAUAACACGUUGAUGUCCAUAUGUAUUUAAUCAAGGGAACAUAUAUGUUUUUUCAAUUUUAAAAAUUAAG